CCGUACACUGCAGUAUAUCCCUCCACCUCGCAAACCCACCCAGCCACCCACCUACCCACCCAGGCACCGGGCAGAGGCAGCGCAGCGCAAUGGACCGCCUCCUCCGCGCCACUCUCCAACGCAGCACCCCGGCGCACGUCUUCCGCCUGACCCUCAACGGGCUGGGCCUGUUCUGCGCCUGCACGCUCGUCUGGGAGCACCUGGUGACUGUGCAGCUGAGCGAGGGCCCCUCGAUGUACCCGACCUUCCAGCCGCGCGGCGACUACCUGCUAAUCUCGCGCGUGCACCGCCACGGCCGCGGCGUCGCCGUCGGCGACGUCGUGCGCUUCUACCACCCCUCCUUCCUGGGGGUCAACGGCGCCAAGCGCGUGAUUGGGUUGCCGGGAGAUCUGGUCUGUCGGGAUCUGCCGUUUAGUAUGGAGGCUGGGGGGACGGGGGAGAUGAUUCGGGUCCCCGAAGGACAUGUCUAUCUCGCCGGUGAUAACCUCCCCUGGUCGAGAGACUCGCGGAACUACGGACCCAUCCCAAUGGGGUUGAUUAAUGGCAAGAUCGUCGCGAGGGUGUGGCCCCCGUCGCGGAUGAUGUGGGUGGAGAAUACGUUGAAGCCGGCGCAGUUGGACUGAGGAGGUGAACGAACGCACGGUGUGGGUGCGCUGUAUAUUCUACAAGCAUGGCUGGAGUCUGGAGUUGGGAAAGGAUUAAUCCAAUUUGUGCAUAUUCAUACAUCAAGCUCUCUUGUACAAUACAACCAG